CAAAAAAAAACGUUAGAGUUGUCAAUCCCAGUUGGCGGCCCUAGAAUUUAUUAGGAAAGCGAAAACAAAACUGACGUAGAAAUAGUCUGACAUGGUUUAGGAGUGCCAUUACUGUGAUGACUCAACUAGGAAGUCUGCCUGACACUACGCAGUGAUCAGUCGUGAGCAUGGAUCAAGAUGUACUGUUUGGUUAUGAGUAAUAAAGAAUGAGUGCACAGCUAGUCUUGAGGCAACGAGCAGAGCUUGUCCAAGCAUUAUGCUGCGGGGGAACCCCAGAGGGCCUGGAAAGCAUUCUAGACCUCCUCUUAUCCUGGGGUGCACUUGUGUGGGAGGACUACCUGAGUGUCUGUGUGGCAGGCAAGACCUUGUGCUGCAGAACCAGAGAGCUUCUAGACCUUGUUUAUUCAAAGGGGGAAUUCGCUUGCUGUCAUCUCCUGGCUGCUUUCAGUCAGGUUCUUCCCGAUGCACAGAAGAACAACCUGAGCUUUGGGAAAUGCUCAGAUGUCCAGAAUUUCCAGGAGAUGCCGACUUCUGCCACACUGACACUGCUGAAUGAUAGACCUGGAAUGGUGACAAAGCUUCGCCAUUGUGUUGAUGGGGCACUGGAUGUGUUGUUUCAGCAGGGAUUCCUUACCUCAUCUGAGUGUGAGGGAAUCCAACUUCCCGUGUACACAUCUUCACAACAGGUAAGACGCUUGCUUGACCUUGUUCAGUUUAAAGGAGAAGGAGCAGCAAAGGUGCUUCUACAAUUCUUACAAAAAAUACCAAUGACUGUUCUGCCACCCAACAAAAAUGAGAAGCCCACUAAAUCAGCCUUUGUAUCAGAGUUCCAAAAAAAGCUGUGCAGUUCUAUUUCAGCACAGUUCCAUUUCCUCAGCACCUACAGUGGCACAGGCAAAUUCUCCCUGGAUGACAUCUACACGGAGGGCCUGCUAGAGCUUGGGCAGGGGGGCAAGAAUACUCAACUGUCUUUAAACCUUGAGGAUGUGGUAGGACGGGUGGGGACCCUCAACAAGGAGGCCGACACAGUCCUGGUGUCAGGGGAGGCAGGUUGUGGGAAGAGCACCUUCCUGCAGAGGCUUCUUCUACUCUGGGCCAGGAAAGCAGCGUUGCACAACUACCUCCUGCUCUUCCCUUUCAGCUGCAGAAAGCUCAACACAGAAGAACGAGAGCUUUCUUUAAAGGAAUUGUUGUUCCUGCAUUGUUGUUGGCCCGACAGCGACCAGGAUGAGCUCUUCCAGUUCAUAUUGGAUCACCCUCACCUGGUGCUGUUCACUUUUGAUGGCCUCGAUGAGUUUAAACAGACUUUCUCCGAUGACCAGAGGCAUUGUUGUCCCACCCAACCCGCAAAAGUGUCUGUGUUGUUCUUCAAUCUGCUGCAGGGCUCCUUAAUGAAAGGUGUUCAGAAGUUGGUGACCAGCCGGACUGAGGCAGUCCCACCCACACUGAGGAAGUAUCUAUGCAAAGAGGUUCUGCUGAAAGGGUUUUCUACAGAUGGGAUUGACUGCUUUGUAAGGAAGCAUCACUCUGACCCUGGGAUCGCCUCCCGUGUGUUGGAGUCACUACGCAGUAAUACUGCACUUUUAGGCCUUUGCCACAUUCCUGUCUUCUGCUGGAUUGUGUCUAAAUGUUACAAAGAACUCCUCGGUUUUGGCAACAGCAGCCUUCAAACAAUCACUGAUGUGUACCUCAUGGUGUUGCACCACUUCUUUCAUCACAGAAUCUCUAAAGGGAAAAGGUCUGAAAAGGGCUGGGUCCAUGAUCAUUUUGACACAAUCAUGCACCUUGGUAAGCUUGCAUUGCAAGGCCUUCAGAAAUCUCACUACAUUUUCUCAGAAACCGAGGUGCAGAACUGUGGUGUUACGGAGGACGAUAUUGGCAGAGGUUUCCUCAUCCAAAGUAAGAACAUCUCCUUUGACAACAAACACUAUGAAUUCCUGCAUGUCACCAUGCAGUGCUUCUUCGCUGCUCUUUUCAUCACUCUUGAUAGCAGCAGUGACAAACUCACAAUUCAAAGGCUCUUCGAGACCGAGUGCAUGGCUAAAGGGUGCUUGGGAAUUCUUCAAGCCAAAAAGCCAGACGGGCCGCCAAGCACAGAGGCUCCAAACCUUCAAAUCACUUCCACGUUUGUCUCCGGCCUCUUGUCCCAGCGGCAUCAAGGACUGCUACUACAGUGCUGUCCUAUCCAGACACUUCACAGAAAAUCCAAGCUGGUUGUGAAGUAUGUGUCCAGAGGUAUGCAGAAUCAUUUUAAAUCCAUCCCGCGACCUGUCAAAGGGGAGAAAAAGAGCAUGCAUGCAAUGCCUAGCUUCGUAUGGCUCACCAAGUGCAUUUACGAGAUGCAAGAUAGUAAGGUCGCCAAAAAUGUUGUGGCCAAGCUGGAUGUGGAGCACCUGAAACUGACCUACUGCAACAUCGGCCCACUGGAGUGCAGCGCUUUGGCCUUUGUCCUGCAACAUCUCAAGAGUCCAGUUGGGCUACAGCUGGAUAGCAAUGCAGUGGGAGACGUGGGAGUGGAGCAGCUUCUGCCCUGCCUGCAUGUCUGCCACUCCCUCUAUUUGAGAAACAAUAACAUCUCCGAUGAGGGGAUUGCAAAACUUGUUGAGAAGGGCGUUCAGUGUGAUACCUUCAAAAAGAUUGCGCUCUUCAAUAAUAAGUUAACUGAUGGCUGCACACAACACCUGGCUUAUCUCCUGAAAACAAAGAAGAAUUUCUUGUCUCUGCGGCUUGGGAAUAAUAACAUAACAGCUGCUGGAGCGGAGCAGUUGGCUGAAGGCCUGAGAUGCAGCCAGUCACUUCAGUUUCUGGGUCUCUGGGGGAACAAAGUCGGAGACAAAGGAGCUCAGGCACUUGCUGGUGCUAUGGAAAACAGUCAAGCGCUUGUGUGGAUGAGUCUGGUAGACAAUGGAGUUGGCAGUGCAGGGGCACAGGCACUUGCAAAAGUCAUUCAGAACAGCACCACAUUAGAGGAGCUGUGGUUGAGUAAAAACUGCAUCACCAGAGAUGGAGUACUAUAUCUAGUGCAAGCCCUUGAGAAAAAUUCAAGUGUUACAUCAAUAUGGUUGAGGGGUAACAAUCUCAGUCCAGAGGAGGUUGAAGAAUUUUCUCUGAAAGAACGUAGACUUACCUUCUAGGCAAUAGGCCUACUUGACAUGUUGGACACCUUGCUCUGCUGGUACUCAGUAAAAAGGCAGAGACUUUCUAAUGAGGAGACACAGCACUCAAAAAAUCCU